AGCCAUUUUGGAUCAAGGUUUUUCGGAUCGCCAUUCUGCCGGCCCCGCAGCAGGCUGCGGUUUCUUAAAGCACCAAUGGCGCGCCCAGUGGCCCUCUGCGCCGCCGCGCUGGCGGCCCUGGCGCUGUGCGCCGGGCCUGGCUUCGUCUCCGGCCCCGCCGCGCAGCAGCAGCGCGAGGCCAGCGUUUCCGCAGGCGUUCUCCGCAACAACCAGUUCGAGGACAUGACCGCCUACGACGCGCCGAGGCGCAAGCCAAACUUCAACGGCAUCCGCACGGGCCUCAGCGACCUCCUGAAGCCUCUCAACAGCGAGUACGGCGUGACCGCCAAGGAGGACAGCCCCGCCACGUACGUGGUGCUGGUGUUUGCGAUCGUCAUGCUGUUCCUCUUCUACACGCUGCUGCUGCUGAUCAACAACCAGUCCGUGCUGCUCCCGCCAGAGGAUGAGUUCGACGAGUACGUGGCGAACUUCCUGCCGUACUUCUUCUUCGGGGAGCGGUGAUUCGUGGGGGCUGCGCGGGGGCCACGCGCCAGCCGCGGGGUUGCAAACGCCUGGAGCCGCGUGCGCCCCAGGAAAAGUCGAC